GAAAUUAUAGUGAAUUUGUUGUUUGGAAAUUCAUAUGCAACUGGUUAAAGAAUCUUGUGUAAAAGAAAGACGCGCGUUUUCGUCCCACAAAUGAUAAUACCUUCGCCAGAAACGUUCUGCAAACCGAUUACUGGUAAAAGGAGCAGGACAACCAUAUUGCAUCUCAAUCUUUAUAAGCUUUAUAUAUAUAGACAGCCUUGUUGCUUCUUUAAUUAGUUGUGAUUCUUCAAGGUGACAUUUCUUUGUUGCCAUUGCCCACCCACAAUACUAGACCACCGUCUCUACAUACAUGGGAGGGAUCUGUCCUCUCGUCUUUCACCUUUGCAUAGUGUGAAGGACCGAGACGUGCGAGGGGCUAGGACCCGUAUUAAAUUUGGAUGUAUCGUAGGACCAAGUGACACAGUAAACACUGAGCUGGGAGAGCUGCUCUAUCUAACACUGCAGCCCAAGCCGACGCGGCUCUGAUAAAUUACAAUGGUUUUAAUAUACAUAAUGACGCUUUCAUAUCGCAGGUAUACCGACUGAAUAGCUUUCGAAACGAAUGAUGGCAGUUGUCGACUUUCUGCUUGGCGAUUUUAAAUUUAGUCAUUCCCGUGUAGUUAGUUUUAAAUCAACAGAUCUACUGAGAUCGGAUUAAUUUUCAUCUGGCACCUACCUUUUUAUAUAUUUUUCUUCUUUUAAGGAUCUGUGUGGUCGAUCACUUGCAAAAUUCUAAUUGUGAAUGGAUUCAAGUUUGCUUAUUUGAACGGGAAGUGGACGGGUCAAGUGGGAGCACGAAUUGCUCCCGAAGAGGAAGAAAUACCGCUGGAAUUACAGUUCGCUAAUUUGGGAUUAAGUUGGCAGUUUCUGAAGAAGUAGAACUAACAACAGUGUGAAUGAACAAGAGAAUGUAUGCAAUAAACCAGCGCUGUAUUUACAUAUCUUUUCAUUUCUUCGUGCUGUGGUGUAAUGCUCAGGGGGAGAAUCACCCGUCUCCUAAUUUUAACCAGUAUGUGAGGGAGCAGGGCGCAGUGACUGACCAGCUCAGCCGACGACAGGUCCGGGUUUACCAGCUAUACAGCCGGACCAGCGGAAAACACGUCCAGAUUCAAGGCAAGAAGGUGACCGCUACAGCAGAGGACGGCAAUAGUUUUGCCCGGCUCUUUGUGGAGACGGACACCUUUGGGAGUCGAGUUCGCAUCAAAGGCGCCGAGAGUGGACGCUACCUCUGCAUGAAUCGAAGGGGGAAGCUGGUGGGAAAGCCUAACGGGAGGAGUAGAGACUGCAUCUUCACUGAGAUUGUCCUGGAGAACAACUAUACUGCUUUCCAGAACACUAAGUAUGAAGGCUGGUUCAUGGCCUUUACCAGGAAGGGAAAGCCCAUCAAGGCCUCCAGAACCAGGGAGAACCAAAGAGAAGUACAUUUUAUCAAAAGACUUCACAAGGGUCCACUUCCCUUCCCUAAUAUGGACCGGCCCAAACAUUUUGAGUUCAUCAGUUUUCCACCAACUCGCCGAGCCAAACGCAACCGGAAAUCAAGGACAUCGCCUUAGUGCCAGAAGAUCAGUACAUCGGUUUGGACUGAGUUUGUAUUUUUUUUAUAAUAAGAGAAAGAAACCAUUUUAUUUUUGUAUUUUUACUACUAAAUGCUUGAACAGAACAAAUGAUGUAACAGAUGAUAAUGUAAAAUGAUAUGAUACAUGUAAAUAAGGUAAGAUAGAAAAUGAAAUGUAUAUAUUUAAUAUUUCUGAGAGUGUGUUUGUAUGUAUGCCAGCGCUUUGAAGUACGGUAACUGGAGAAUUUAGUCAAAUAAACCUUCUGCCUCAAUGGAAAUCAGUACUUGUUUCCAUGACUAACUGUUAUGCUCCAUAGGACCAGUUGUAUAAUUUUGAAUGUAACCUUCAUUUUAAAUCAUGGUCAUUUAAUUUUGCAAUUUCUGUGCCAGUUUGUGAUGCCACUUUUUAAAAGGUGUAAAUUUGACUCUAUUUUGCCAUUCAGGUUGUACUUCAGGUUGAGUUUAAAUAAGAGAAUGAUACCAUACUCAGAUAUCAAUGGACAACCUUUUGGAGUUAAGAUAAUCAUUUUCAAAGGUCCCAAAACAAUGCACUGUUGCCCUAUCAAAAAGAACAAGCUUGCCUCUUGACAAUGCAUUGGAAAGUAAUUUGCAUUUUCAUUUAUCAUAUAUAUUUAGCUACUGGUUUCAUCAUGGAUGCACAUGAAUGUGUUAUGAUUGUAAAAAUAAUAACAUAAAGAGUUGUAGAUCUGUCAUCCCUAUUAGAAUAUUAGUGCAGAAAUUCUAUAACUGUGUCAGAUAAUCAAAAGUAUGAAAGUUUAUGUUCCAUUCCGUUAAUACUGUUUAUACUUCUGAAUACUGUGAGCACCUAUUCAUCACUGCAAAA